AUGGAUUCAGCAGAAGUCUGGGGAGAAGAGGACGGGGUGACCGCGGAGGUCGCUAACCUGACGGCCGCUGAAUUGCGGAUGAGGACAUCUUUAGUUGACUCCGAGCUCAAGUACUUCAAGAGUGAAGCAAACAAACUCAAGUUCGAGCUGAAUAACAUGCAGGAGAGAAUCAAAGAGGCAAUCGAGAAGAUCCGGCUCAACAAGCAGCUGCCUUACCUCGUCGGCAGCGUUGUGGAGACUGUCUUUCUUCCCGUGAUUGGCCUUGUGGAGGCAGACCAACUGAAGCCAGGAGACCUGGUAGGAGUCAACAAGGAUUCGUACCUGGUGCUGGACAAGCUUCCUGCAGAAUACGAUGCGAGGGUAAAGGCAAUGGAGGUUGACGAACGGCCCACAGAAGAGUACAGUGAUGUUGGGGGCCUCGACAAACAAAUUCAAGAACUGAUUGAGGCAAUUGUUCUUCCCAUGACCCACAAGGAGCGUUUUGAUAAAAUCGGCAUUCGGCCGCCAAAAGGAGUUCUGAUGUACGGGCCGCCUGGGACGGGGAAGACGCUUCUGGCAAGAGCUUGUGCAGCCCAGACAAAGGCUACCUUCUUGAAACUGGCAGGUCCACAGCUUGUCCAGAUGUUUAUCGGCGAUGGUGCAAAGAUGGUUCGCGAUGCUUUUGAACUGGCAAAGGAGAAGGCGCCUGCGAUCAUAUUUAUUGAUGAGCUUGAUGCCAUCGGGACGAAACGGUUUGACAGCGAGCUAUCGGGCGAUCGUGAAGUUCAACGGACAAUGCUUGAGCUUCUGAAUCAGCUGGAUGGCUUCAGCAGCGACGACCGCAUCAAGGCCAGUUUAUGUUUGAGUUCAUUGUUUCAGGGUUCAAAUUGGAAAAUUGAAUUGCCUCACCCGAAUGAAGACGCUCGAGAACGAAUUCUGCAAAUUCAUGCCCGAAAGAUGACCGUGAACAAGGCUGACGUGAACUUCCGGGAGCUCGCUAGGAGUACCGACGACUUCAACGGAGCUCAGCUAAAGGCCGUCUGUGUCGAAGCUGGUAUGAUUGCGCUCCGCCGCAACGCCUCCGAGCUACAGCACGAGGACUUUGUCCAGGGUAUUGCUGCAGUUCAGGCUAAGAAAAAGUCAAGUCUAAACUACUUCACCUGA